UUGUUAUUCGCCCAGUGAAUGCUGUAAAAGAACUUGUUGAAAAUAGUUUAGAUGCUGGGGCUACAGAAGUUAAUGUUUCGAUUCGUGCUGGAGGAUUGGAAUUAAUUAAAAUUCAAGUAUUUUUUAAAUUUCAUUAGGUUUCUACUUGGGUACUGAAAGUUGGAGAAUCGACUUUUUCUGACAAUAAGAAUCCCUUCCUGUCGAUUUUCUUCACCUAUCCCCGUGACUUUGCCUUCCCAAAAAAAUUUUUCGAGGCCCUUCCCUGCCCAUUAAUUUAUUUAAAUAAUAUUUCUUUUUUGGAUAAUGGGCACGGAAUUAAUAGAGAAGAAUUGUCCAUUGCUUGUUGUCGCUUUACAACUUCAAAAUUGCGUGAAUUUGAGGAUUUACAAAAAAUUCAAACUUUUGGUUUUCGUGGAGAGGCUUUAGCUUCUAUUUCUUUGGUUUCUAAUUUAAUUAUCACAACAAGGACAGCAAAUGAAAUUUGUGCUUCUAAAGCUUGUUUUAAAGGGAAAAUUAAUUGGACAAAUUGAACGGUCAGCAGGUCUUUUAGGAACAACAAUUUGUGUUGAAAAACUUUUUCAAAAUAUGCCUUCCAGAUUAGCAGCUUUUCGGCAACCGAGUGAAGAAGCUAAUAAAAUUGCUGAUAUUUUAAUUCGUUAUUCUAUUCAUUAUCCAAAAAUUUCUUUUUCUUAUCGUCGUCUAGAUGGAAAUGGCUAUGAUUUUAGAACAUCUGGGGAUGGGGAUCAACAUGGCACAAUAAAAAGGCUUCUUCAUGAAAAAGCAUCUAAUGGAUUGACAAAUUUAGAAUUUAACAAUUCUUCUCUACACUUCUCUGCCAAAAUUUGUUUAGCUACACCUGUGGCUAUUUUUACUUCAAAAGCAGUCCAAACACGAAAUGACAAAAUAAAAAUCUUCCACCUUUUUGUGAAUGGUCGUUCAGUAGAAUCUUUUAGACUUCAAAAAUCUUUUGAUUCAAUUUUUACUUCAAGAGAUUUACUUUGCCCUUUUGCCAGUUUUUCUUUAUUAAUUGAUCCUCAACGUGUUGAUGUAAAUAUACACCCUACAAAGAAAUUAGUUUAUUUUUUAUGUGAAGAUGAUAUUAUUGAAUUUAUUGGAAAGCAAAUAGAAAAAUUUGUCAAUGAAAUCCAAUCUCGUCAAUCACUACAAAUUAACAAUUUAAAUGAGGAAUUAGAAGGAGAUUGUUCUAAGAAAAACAAAAAUAAUCGAAAAAGAAAAGCUGGAAAUGAAAAAGAAAUUAUUUCUGGGGAAAAUUUAAAAAAUUUAAAUAAUUUAAAUUGUUCUUCUCUUCCUUCUUCAAGUUCUUCUUUUUUAAAUGUUUCUUCAAAAGUUCAAUCAAAUUCGCCAAAAGUUGCACCAAAAAAUAAAAUUCGCGUAGAUUUUUUAAAUCGAAGUUUGGAUGAAUUUGUUUUGACAAAUGAAGAUUUAAAUUUACGUCCAAAUUCUUCUGUUAGGCUUUCUCUUUUAAAAAAAGUUGCUUUUGAAGAAGAAAAUAACGAAGAAGGGGGUUCAAAUAUAAAUCCAAUUGAAAUAAAUGAAAUUGAAAGGGAAAAUGGAGAAAAUAUUGGUGGAAAAACAAAUAAUAAAAAUGAUUCUCAGGUAGAUUGUUGUAUUCCAAGAGAAUUUUCUUUUAAUUCUCUUGUUGAUUUGAGAAGAGAAAUUUGUCAAAAAGCAGAUAAUAAAUUAGUUGAAUUAUUUAAAAAACAUUUAUUAAUUGGAUUUUUUGAUUCAGAAAAUGCUCUUAUUCAAUCAGAAAAUAAUGUUUAUUUAAUUAAUAAUCAAAAAAUUCUUCGACAGUUUUUCUAUCAGUUAAUUAUUUUUUCUUUUGGAAAUAUGGGUGCCUAUGAUUUAAUAAUUCAAUCAGAAAAUUCUUCAACAAAAAAUCUUUCAAUUUACAAAUUACUUUUAUUAGAAGAAGAGGAAAAGGAGAAGAAAAUAGCCAAUUUAUGUCAAAUUCUUGUUAAAAAUAGAGAAAUUCUUUGGGAUUUUUUCUCAAUUAAAAUAAUUUUAAAUUCAAUUAAUGAAGAUGCUGUUUUGGCAGCAAUUCCUUGCCUUAUUAACGGUUAUUUGCCUGAAAUGGAGGGAUUGCCCUUACUUUUAUAUAAAUUGGCUAAUGUUAACUAUGAAGAUGUGAGUUUGAGUUCGAAGGGGCUAGAAAAUUGUGUCUUAUAAUUAAGUGUCACUUAACUAGAAGGGUAUCACGCUUAGUUCCCCCCAGCUACUAUUCUGAAGAAUUGAAGUGUCUGGACAAAUUCCAUAAUUCCACAAAUUCAAUACUAGGAUAACCUCUAUUUGAGAUAGGCUUUUAGAUUUUGUGGGCAUUGUGAGGGAGAUCGACCCUUAAACUGUAAAAUCUAUUUAAAAUACAAUUUUCCGGAGUACGACUGUACUUCAAGGACGGUAAAGGUCUUAUUUCCUUCUCUCUUCUUUUCUUUACCCAAUCUAC